CCUGGGAAUUCACGACCCAACUUCGUGCUGUGUUACGCCUUCUUCGAAACUGAAUAUGUGCCUAGGUACCUAGCUAUAUCACUCAGAGCCUGGCGCAUUAUUUGAAUAUCUGAACCCAACUUUUGCAACAGCGUCAUUUUCCAAUUCUCAUCCCAAGAACCGCGUUCUCAUGACGUGCCACUGCCGACCCGAAGCUCGCGGCAGUGUUUAAUUGUACAUCAAGCACCCAUUCCAUUAAUAGAUAUAUACGCAUCAGUUCCCAUACAUAUGAUCAUGGCUCCAGCAUCAAUAUCGAGCAUAUCCUCCGAUUCUGGAGAGGAAAGAACCCCCAAACGCCCAACCCCAUUCGGACACAAACACGUUGGCCGCGAAGGUCGGAUACUCCUCAAGAUGAGGAAUAAGUUGAGGCGGUAUCCACAAUACUGGGCAGGAGAUCCUUUUGGUCUCAGAGACAGCAACCUCCUCUAUGGCACCUCCGCCGACUUCAUCGACAUAACAAAGUACAUGGGGACUUGCCACCUCGCCAGGAUUGCCUUUUUGAAACCAGGCGAGGACAUUAUGCGUGACAGCAAAAUACAAUGGACGUCAGAAAACGACAAUUUGUGCAAGAUGAUCGUAUCAAGAUGUGGUGGGAAAGCCAAUGGCCUCCCAAUAUCCCAAGAUCUUGUCUAUCCUCAAGCAUUGAAGAAGCAUCACGUCAAGGUUGAUGUCAAGAUUGUCCUCUCCAGUUUUGCCGCGACUCGCUAUGGUGUGUCCUGGGGCACUCUUUCGACUCGCGCGGACAAGAUCCAGAUUUUCAAGGGCCCUGAAGCAUUUACCCCUAGGCAUUCGUGGGAUGCCAUGAUUAUGCACGAUUGCACCGUUACCGGGGAGGGCGAUCUCUGUGAAUCUGAUGCGAUUGCCUCUUGGAAAUGGGACAUUCUCUUGAUGAAGAUGAGCGACGACUACAGCUUCCCUUGGCUCCCUGUCUCUAUCCGAGAGGCUUCUUCCUUUCAACGUCCGGAAAGAGACCCACACCGCGAGUGUUAUCCAUGUACCAGCCCCAAACUCGGACCUCGAAAGCGAUUCUUCCCAUUUCUUCAAAAAUGAGAUCUCUUAGGAUACGUAAUAUUGCAGCGAAUUGGCACUGGAAUUGAUUGCUUUGGUUGGAGUAGAAACUUGAGCACAUCUUAUGGGUAGCGAUAACAUUUUAAUAGGGGUUUGUGAGGGGAGGGUCCUGUAUUUUAGCAGGCGGACUGGACACCUUCCUAACACCACAAACCUCAGGUCUAAGCGUUGCAUUCUGCGUGAUUCAUUAUGGUCUUUAUUAAUUCACUCUUCAUAUACACCCUGAUCUAACUAAAUAUGUGCUUAAUAUAGAACUUUUCCGCCAGCACCAGUGACAGGCAUUCCGCCAGGGAGUUCCGUGAGCCCUGUGAUAUAGCCAUUAGAAACGGUUCUCCAAAAACUACGUGCAUACAUACACACACAGACAGACAAGAGAAAGAGGGCAAUAAAAACGAUCAGGGAAAUAGGGAAAGGAAACAGAGAGAGAUCACUCACAGCCAUCAAUAUCCUCAUUAACA